GGUUUGGUAUUAUUACUCUCUGUCUUCCCUCUGCCUUUCUUCGUUUCUGUGCUCGAAUCUUCAAUCUCCACUCCCUCCUUCCCUCCUCCUCCUCCGCCACUGUAAUCGGAGCAAAUCCGUGCGACUUCCCAUCGUUUUCUCCGAGCUGAAUCACCGGAGCAGACAAAUGGGUCCCCCGGUCGGAGGGUAGGUCGCGGUAGGUCGCGGAAUCUGAGAUUCCUGUGGAUUCAAUCAAUGGAGGAGGGUUUGUGACGCGACUCUGUUUCCAAGCUGUAAUCUUUUCCCAUGGAGUAUUCAAAUUGAUCCCGGGGCCAUCGUUUCUAAGCUCUCCCAUCCAUGGGUUUCGCCCCUUCUUUCUGAAAGCUGAUACUUUCCGGUUCGGAAUAUACUAUCGUGGCGUCAUCGGGGUUCCGGAAUCGUGUUGGUCUCAUCGCAGUGUGCGGUCUCGAUCUUCUCGUUCGCCUCUUAGGGAUUGUUGAUUGCUCCCGAGGUUAGGUUUUGUGGGUUUUCGAGCUUAUGCCGGGUCGAUGAUUGAUUCCUUUGUGUGGAUUUGAGCUCCUUGGGGAAGGAGUUCUCAUCAUCGAAAGGUUUACGUGAUCAAGGAGCGCUCUUGAUAACUUCGCGAGUUGGGCUUCUCCUUCGCUGGAUUAGGCAUGGAAGAAGGCAAGCGGUUCGAAGAUGCAGCAUCGCCUGAAGUGAAGAUGGAGGAGAGUAGGCCUGGAAAUAGUGCCGAUGGGAACGGUGAAGUGGCUAAUAAGGUCGUGUUCUGCAGAGAAGCUCCUCUGAUCAGCAGAGAGCCCGGUAGUAUAGCGAGCGGGUGCAGUUGCAGCUCGAAGAGGGUGGAGAGAGGGAGCUCGAAGAAAGAGAAGCUCGGGCAGGAGAAGAGGUUGACUAGGCAAGACAGGGUCGAGCUGUGCAGGCUGUUUCAAGGUGCUGUGAGUUCCCACGAUUGGGAGCUCGCCGAGAGCUUGAUUAUGCUAGCUGACCCGCCUACCCUCAAUGAUGAGUUGUGCAUUGCAUUGGACUCAAUCUGGUUCCUGGGCACGCACCAGGAGCUGGACGGGGUUACGGGGUUGAUCAAGAAGAUCAUCUGGAAUGGUGCAUAUGACUUCACCAGAGCUGCCAUGAGGACUUCGUUCUUGGCUUCCUGCGUCUCCGCUUGUCAGCGGCCUACUAUGAGCUUAGCGGAUACAGUCGCUGUGAUGGCUCAAAGGUUGCACGAUCGUCUCCAGGAAUGUAGUGUUGAUGAAGUUUUGAGGGCUGAAGCUGGUGCAAGGGCCCAGAGGUUCACGGAUUGGGCACUCAAGUGCAUCGGUUUACAUUCUCGGAGCCAGGGGACUAGAGAUAGAAUUUGCCGCAACCCAACUGUUGAGAUUCAACUUCGUUUGGCUGCAUUUAAGACAUUUCUGGACCUCGCCGGUAAUCAUCUCACGGGAAAGGACUUCACGGAGGCCUUUGAUGCAGCUUGUUUUCCCCUUACUCUUUUCUCCAGCACUUUUGAUCCAGGCUGGGCCUCUGGCGUAUCAGCAACUGCAGUUCAUGGGUUGCUUAGCAUGCUGGUAGAGGGGGGUGCUGACAAUGUCAAUCAGUGUUUUCUUGAAGCCUCACGUUUUGGAAGUACUGACCUCGUGCGCAUCCUGUUGCAGAUCGCCAAGAGGAAUAGCUUGGACAUUGAUGUGGACCUGGCUCUAAGCUUCGCAUCUCACUAUGGCAAGAUUGGUACAAUGGAAUGCCUUGUGGAAGAGGGGAACGCCAUAGCCUUCCUGGGCCCCCUGCUGAGAGCAGCUGAGAGGGGUAGCUUGGAGGUUGUCCAGUGGUUCAUCAAGAAGGGGUGCAGGGAUAUGGAGCUCUGCCUCGCUCUGACGGCCGCAACUGCCAGCACCCAGGUUGAAGUCGCUGCCUAUCUCCUCCCUCGUGUUCCGCAUCACAUAAUCUCUGCCCUUGGAAUCGAGAUCAUCAAGGCCGCUGGUGAGCGAUGUGGCGGUUCGCUUGAAGGCGUAGCCUUCCUCCUCAGCUCGGAUUUCCUGGGCAACCCUUCUGCAACUUACUCCAUUGCUGAUGCCAUUGCCCGGUCAUCUGAUGAUGAGUCAUCGUCGGUUGAUCCUGAGCUAAGGGCAUUCCUCCGGGAGCACUGGUCGGAGGCUGCUUUCUUCAAUGGGCUGAGGCAGGGGGAAGCGCAUUACGUGAACUUCACAAGGAUCCUGAAGCGGGGCGAGUCUCCCCUGCACUUGGCAGAUAUUCCAUCUGCGCUGAGGGUGGCAAUCGCUUACUUGCCACUGUACAGGGAGUGUGUCAAGGCAGGCGGGCGUUUGCUUCCUCAAAGGCUGAGGGGGCAGCUUGUCGAUGCAGCAAGAAGGCUAGGAAGUAGUAGUAGUGGUAGCAAUUCCAGUAUUGCCUACUUGGAAGAAGAGGCAACCCCUUGGAGAGAGCUCUUGGCCGUUUUAGAGCUCCAUCUUCCUCCAUUUUUGGUUCAAUCACCCAGCAGCAUCCCUUAGUGCGGUUCUCCUUCUCCACUGUCUGCCGGACUUCUGAGGUUUUCAGAUGGUACCAUAUAUGUGUCGCUGGUAAUAAUUACGUCUGAGCUUCGGGUAAAGAUGCUAAGAGAGGCUUGAGCUUAUGCAUAUGGAACAAUAUGGACCUGCUGACCUUUUAAAUACUCGGGAUUUGUGUAGCCGAGCUCUGUUAUUGUAAAAGAUAAAAAAAGAGUAUCGAACUUUAGCCGGGACAUCGAGUAUGAAAUGAUGGGUAUGGUGGGGUACUGGUCUUGUGGACGUGAUGGGAUAGGGAAAAGAGGAAACAGCAACGUUACAUUGAAGGUCACCUUCACAUGGGUACGUGUUUGGCUUGGGAGCAUGAUUCACUGUUUAGAUCUGUAAUUGUGAGGUCAUUCUUGACUAUUUGAGGGCACAUUAUGGAUGGUUGCACUUACAGUUUUUCUCCUCUCCCAAAUGUUAACCACAGGAUACCUCGAUUUUUUUUCGGGUUUCAA